GCACAAGCAUAUGGGUUCUUCAUUGAGCCACAUAGCGCCCCAUCGUCGAAGAGAUUUUGUCUUGAUAAGAUGUGGACAAUACGAAUGGUCAAGUGAAUUCGGCAAGGAGAGCGCCAUCAUUUACACUAGGGAGUGGGACGAGAAACCAGGAAUUUGCACUUCUUAUUACAGGGCGAGUCAUGACAAGGUUCUUUUUACAUUCUAUGAUGCCAUGAGUGAAGAUAAUCUUGUGGCGAUAAACAUAGAGUUCUUGGCUCUAAGAGACGGCGAUCGGCUUUACAAGUUUGGUUCUGUGAAAGCUCGACAAUUUGGUGAGAAUUUCACAGUUAAAAGACGAAGACCAAUCGGGCGCCAGAUAUCGUUUUGGAGCUACGAAAUGGGAAGAAGCGAAAAUCAGUUAGCCUUGUGCAGAAGAGAUGAGGAAUACGAAAUUCAAUUCGAGGCAAAAUCUCCUUUGGUGGUUCUUCGUAACUUUCUGUGCAUAUCCUGUGAUCCAUCGAAAGGUCUUGUCGUGGACCGUUUAGGUUUUGCUGAUCCUGUCGAAUAAAUGUUUCCAGGUCCCAAGCCACCUAUGAACUUCCACGAAACCUGGGCUGCCCG